AUGAUGCUAAUCAAUGUGAUCUGCAUCACAUUCGAUAGGGUACAAAAUAGGCCAAAGGGAGAUGUUUGCAAAAAGUUCAAAGAAAUGAGCAUUCUAAAUAAACCUAACUCAGGUAAUCUCUACCCAGAUCAAGGAGGUUCAUGUAGCCCUAAACUCUAUGAUAAAACUUUUGAUAACAACGAGGGUCUCAUGCAGUUCAAUUACGUCAGAUGGAUGGUUGGCUACGAACGCAAUUUGACCCUUAGUACAGAUCCAUCUGUCAUUAACAAUGCGCAAUAUUGUUCUAUUUACUGUGCUGCAAAUAGCAAAAUUGGACAUUAUCCUGUUUCCAGCGAAAAAUGUUAUUCAUCAUUUGCAGCUAAUGGAUGUGGAAAAUCAAACUUAGCUUAUCAGAUGCAUUUUCAGCCCGUUAGAGCUCCUGGUUUUGUAAUGCAAUUACUUGAUGAUUAUAUUGACGGAUAUCCUUUAAAUGAUCUUGGACAUCGAAGAUGGAUGUUAAGUCCUCACAUGGUUCAAACUAUGUUUGGUGCUGCAUCAAAUAUCAGACCUCAAGGAUAUUAUACUUAUUAUUAUACAUACUUUACAAUGAGUACUUUCGAUACAGGCAUUUCUGUUCACACUCCACCAGAAACACUUCCAUUCUAUGCAUGGCCGCCUCCAGGUUAUGUGCACAGCGGUCAUGUUUACAAGAUUUUCAGCUUCUCACACGAUAACUUGCAAUCGAAUCCAUCGAUUGAAGUUAAAGUUGAUGGUGUGAGUAAAACACUAAGAACAUUUUAUGGAAGAUAUAGUUAUAUGCAACCACCGUCUUUAUCUUUCACCUUCGAUGGUGUUGAUAACUUAGUUAACAAGAAAGUCGAUGUGAAAGUCACAUCAGGUUCAAAUACCUGGGAAUACACUAUUUACCCAGUUGAUUGCACAACGUGGAGAGAGCCAUCAUCUUCAUCAUCACCCAAAACUCCCUCACCAAUGCCUAAAACUCCAUCUCCAACACCUAAAACUCCUUCACCAACUCCAAAACCUGAAAUACAAUCUUUUACACAAUCUAAGGAAAAUCCAAAACCAUCAAAUACAACACCACCUUCUUCUAGUGCUUCAAAUGUAUCUGGUUCAGGUUCAGAAAAUGGGCCUUAUCAGAAUGGAGGGGGUCCAAGUAAUAAAAUUAAAAAACUUCUCCCUGUUAUCAUCGGGGUACCUUGUGUUAUUAUUGUUAUCGUCAUUAUUGCAGUUACCGUUACAAUAUUUAUCAAGAAAUCAACGCAAGAUGUUGAAGAACCAUCUGAACCAAACUUCAUUGUUUAA